GCGUGAAUCAGGUCUGGGUAGAAAAGUUGGCAGUGCAAUGGUUACGCGCAAAAUCAGAGUUGCGCCGCGUGCGCCUUCACUGUUCUGAAGGGCAAAGGGAAUGAGGAAAACGGUCAUAACAAAUAAAGACGGCGCUUUCUCUUUCAUGCUUUAGUUAAUCUGUUUGAUUUUAGACACUAAUGCUUCAGCGACUGUUUCGUUUGAACACAACUCGUUCAAGAGAAAGAGAGAAACGUGUCUUCUUCAACGAGACGUCAUCUAUUUGACUUCAAAGCCAUAGCCGGGGGUAUAGACGAUUUAACAGUGACCUCCAGUAGUCGUGAGAUGUGCCGCGCGAAGCGGAUCGGACCAGCCUGUCGUCAACGAUUCACAGAGGACCACAUGAUAUAAGCGCUUUCUCUUCUGAGGUGGAAUAUCUGUGCCAUCAAAACUAUUUACUGGAAUACGGAUUCAUAUUUAGCCUACAAAUUAACCAUCGGUUGAUUUUUGUUAAGGAGCUACUGCCAGCAGCAUCUAUGCGCGAAGUCUUACCUGUAAAUUCAGUCUGUUUCUGCAAAUCCUGUUUUACAAAAACUCUUUCAUGACAGAAUAAUAGCCUACGGACGACUCAUUUGAUUUAUUCGACCACAUUUGUUUAGUGAUCCAUUUUAAGGUAUAUUGUGUAGGCUAUCCUACAUACUUGGCACCCUAAAUUAAAGCAUUUUAAACGCAUGAUUUUAAGUAACGAUACCAAAGCUGACUACUUAGUUGAAACCAUAUCGUAGUCUUCAGGUAGGUCUUAGCCACUCUUCACAGGUAGGGGAAAACAAGCCCCAUGAAGUUCGUAUAGCCUAAUCAGUCCAUCUUUUUAAGACUCAUGCAAAGCCAUGAUGGGGGCAGUGACCGCGCAGCAUUUAGAGGUCCUACACAGCAAAUUAUCACGGCUUUCACCUACUAGGUUACUCAUUGUACUAAACUGGGAACAAUGGAUUUAGAAACAUAUUGGUGUUUUUAGACAAACGGAAAGAAUUCAAGGAAGAGGACAUCGAACCUUCUAUAAUUUACAGAACUAUUCCCGUGUCUUUGGAAAACUUAAUAAUGGGAGCAAGACUGCAAGUUAUCCUUGGAGUGUUUCAGUUUGUUUCUCUCACAAGAAUACCCGUGUGUUGUGCCAAGGUAACACAGUGGCAACCCACAGAACCCCACAGAUCUAGAGAAGUGGUGAAGUGGAUGGAGGUGUACCAGCGCAGCAGCUGUCAGCCGCGGGAGGUGCUGGUGGACGUGUGGCGGGAGUUCCCGGAGGAGACGCACCACCUCUUCCUGCCCUCCUGCGUGCCCGUGCGCCGCUGCGGUGGCUGCUGUGCGGACGAGGCCCUGGAGUGCAUGCCCUCGCAUACCCACACCCUCACCAUGGAGUUGAUGAGGACCUCAUACAUGAAGCAUGAGAUGGUCCAGCUCCCCUUCACCGAGCACAGUCAGUGUGAGUGCAGGCUAAAAUCAGACAUGCUCACCCCCCCGACCAGGUACUAAGUGUUUGUGUGUGUAAGAGAUGUUGUCCCUUCUGUCCCCCACUCUAAAUCCCAGUCACCAGAUAACAUCGUGACAUUUUGUUCUCUGCCUGUUGUAGUCUUUCUCUUCUCCCCCCAUUCCUCUGACCCUCUCUCUCCGGCCUUCCCUCUCACUGUUGUUUGCGACUCCAUGGUGAUGGCUGAGAUCGUUUAGCUAAUUGACUGUGAGUGAAGGGAACUACCUGCACAAUCCCACACUGGCUCCCUCUAAUCUUAUCUUACAAUGUCUUACGCUGCAGUGGGAGACAAGGAGAGGUUUUCAUGGCGGAUGAAAACAAGAUGUCACAGUGCUUGCAAACUCUAGCCGCCCGAUGUAAACAUGUGCUGGAAAAUAGUUAUAAUUGAAUUUACAUAUUUAAUGUUUCCGUAGUCCGUUCUAAGCUACUUUGUGCGGAGCCCCCAUUGUACAGUACUUCUCCGACCCUGGCAGUCAGGCCAGCUGGCCAGUGUCUGGAGUCUCUGGAUGGGUGUCAAAGUCUCCCGCGUUGGGAAAGAGGACGUCCAUUUUAUUGCUUAAUUAGGCCAGUGGCCUCUUAGAGGCUCUUAAAAAAGUUGGAGUAUUACUUGAAUCAGACAGGGAAGAGGAAGAGAGAGAGAGAGACACA